AUUGUUUUUUUCUCAUUUUUUCUACACAGAUCUGGCCAUUUAUGUUGAGGCUUUCCAAGAACAAAUACGAAUAUACAAUUUUGUGUUUUCUUCUCCACACCUUACCCGCGUUUAUUAUCGAUUCCUUAGCCAAACUAACGGGAAGAAAGCCACAAUUAUUGGACGGUUACAAGAAAAUGCACAAAUUCUCCGAAGUCAUAGCCUACUUCGCCCUACAGUCGUGGACGUUCCACGACAACAACACGAAGUCGCUGAUAAAAAAGCUGUCCAAACUGGACAGGCCCCUAUUUAGGUUCGACGUUACCAAAUUAGACUGGAACGAGUAUUUCAAAAAACACGUGGUGGGCAUUCGACUGUACAUCUUAAAAGAUCCAAUGGACACGGUGCCGGAAGCGUUAAGACGAAAUACAAAAUUGUACAUGAUUCACUACACGUUAAUGUCGUUUUUGGUGGCAAUAUUGAUGUUAGUAGUUUAUGGACUGUUUCUACUAUUCGUCUAGGUAAUUCAAAUCUCUGUUUUGUCCUAAAUGGUAAUUAUAAUAAUUGUAUAUAACAAACAAAAUACAUUAACUGUAAUAAUAUGUACCUAUGUUGGUACAGUUAUCGUCUAAUUAUCGUGAAUUUUGUUUUGUAUUUUAUUACGAUGUAUUUUACUUUUACUCAAAUUUGUAUAAUUUUAUGAACAUUUUUAUACUAGAAUUUAUUUCAAAUUUAAUAACUUCAUUUUUUCAAUAUCUAUAGGUACUGUUAUUAUCAUGAAUUGUGCAUAUUCGCUCUUGUAUGCACGCACGUAUCCUAUAUUAUAAUAUUAUAUAGGUAUAAUGUCUCUGAAUUAUUGUAAGUGCAAUUAAUAAUAUUAUUACUGUCAAUAUUGAAUUAUUACAUGGAUAUAAAAUGCUUAAAUUUUAAAACGUAGGCAGUUUAUAUUAUGUCAUUGAUUUUAAGAUUAUUGUGUGUAAUUUAAAAGACUUUUAGUUAUUAUGUACCUAAAUUAUGAUAUUUAAUAUAUUAUUUGGUGAAGUAAACUAUUUUUUAACCGUA